GUAGUCGCCGCUCGCCGGGUCUACUGACAAGACAAGGAACUGUAGAAAGUGGCUCUGUCUGGCCACUGCAGCCUAGGCGGAGCCAGUACAUCACUAUUCAAUCGAUCAUCUAUUUAUCGCCGGCAUGCUAUCAUCUGUAUGAGGCUCGUGUUUCCUGCUUGCUGUUUGACGUAGUAGUCGCCGCCGGGCGCAGAUCCAACCCCCGGACUAUCUGCGGUCGUAGUCUCUCUGCCAUUUUCCCUACAUCUCCUCACCCUUCGAAUAGAGACGCCGGAAAACUCCAUAGAGAUGCCCAUCGCGACUCGUUAUGUGGAGCCGAGAAGCGUCUGCUCGGACCCUCUUCUGACGGAGGAAGCGACGAGGGCCGGAGACGCUCUGCAGGCAGUGGCGGUCCGCUCCAUGGCGGGGCUGAUUCGGCAGCUCGGAUCCCUCGCCAGACACGCAGAGAGCGUCAUGGGAGAGCUGGCAGAGUCGCUCGCGAGCUGCCACGCUCGGACCCUUGGACCUAGAGAAACGCACGCGAGCUCUGACCGUCCAGGUCCUCCCCGGCCUUGACCCCGACCGCGAAGUUCUAGAAGGCUUCGAGAUCCCCCACCCAGACCUCCAAUUCAAAUCCGACAAGACAAUCGACCAGCGACUCCUCUCGCAGACGAAGCACGUCUCCCCGGAGCAGUACUCACAGGCCACGCCUCCCCCCGACCUCGGCCAGUUCAGCAUCGACUGGGAGGACGGGAGGAACGCCAUGCAUUUUUACUCGAAGCCAGAUUUCUUUUUCGAGAACUGGAGAGACAAGAUCCAGAAACAGGCAAUGAGGAAGAUGUCUCAGAUGGACAUGCUCAGUCCAAAACACGAAGGAGGAGAAGGUGGCAAGAAAAAGAAAAAGCAGUUUCUGGAGGGCAGCACUGGUUCAGACAAGGUCUCCUCCUUUGUCCAGCCGGUCAAACGAACCUUCAGCCUCUCUCGCAAGCCACACCCACACAAAUCAAUCUACGGCUCAACGCAGAGCCUCAAUGCCGACCCGGGCUAUCGGACCAUGCCAAGUUACGCGGGUGGACGACAGGGGCUUCCCCGACGUAGCUCGCCUUCUUUCCACUCGACCCACUCCAACCACCAACACUGGCGCUCGCAUCACCACAACCAGGUGGUGCUCAGAUCUCAGUCAAUGAGACACAGAACGAAGAAACGGCGGAAACUCUACUCCUUGGCCUUCACCACGGCGUCACUCUACGUGGAGCAAGACCUCGACUUAGUCCCUCUACCAGAUACCUCGCUGGAGGCAAGCACCAGAUACGAGUACGGCCAUGCACGACCGCAGAAAAAGUCCUCCUCUAUUCGGAGAUCGCAUUCGUUUCAGAAGAACAAGUCGAAAUCGCCGGUGCCCGGCGUAUCUACAAGCAGCGUUCUGGACACCCUACACAUGUACACGGUCGCCGAGGAUCUGGCAAAGUUAGAGUCCUCGCCUUUCGGGCUACUCUCCAAGCACCACUUGGAGCACCUGGACCUCGGGAGUGCAGCUUUCGACACUUGUCUUGCGAUUGAGCCGCUGAAGAAGGAGAACACGACAUUUCGGACUCCGAUCGGGAUGAAACAGAGACCUGUAUCGUCGCUGGACCUGCACCUGGUUGCCAUGAGGAACGAUGGAACGGAGCUUCCAGAUCGUUAAUCUUCGGCUCAAACACCUAUCAAUACGAUGUACCUGCAGCUUCUUAUUCCUCGAAACGAGGACCACGACAGUUUUCCAUUCGUUAGCAACGCCCGUUGUUGGUAUUGGAGGAAUCGUUCUCCGCAGGCGUAUCAGCAUGACCGGUCCAAACUCCAGCCCGCCCAGUCUCCGCCUCGUUUGUGGACCCGCUACCAUAAGAAGAUGGUCGCAGCAUCGAAAUUGCCUCUGACAGCUUAUGGAGGGAGUCUUGACUGACCAUCAACGCGACCCCCCGACAGCCCACGCCCAGGGAGACGAGAGCCCGACCAUGUCCAAGAUCCGCCCGAAAGCCCCCGCCCCACAGGCAACCGGGAUACCCCAACCUCUGAGUCGAACGGGUACCCCAGACUCCAGGCGGAGUACCCCAAAAGGAUUCGAACGCACGUCGGACAGAUAGUGGUGGUCGUAACAGUAGAGUCACCUAUAUAUUAACCUCAAAUCAAGGGGCCAAGUCGCGAAAAACCCAACAAGAUGACCCUAAUGGCAGGGUCAAACCCACUGGUCCCCUCAUAUCAUUCAAAAACCACUCCCGCCUGGUGCCGCACUGUGUUUCUAACAGAAAUUUACGCCUUACGAACGUCUCUUCACUCGAAGGAUGUGCUAGCACUACCGCAUGAACGUCCAGCUCCCCACAAUUACCCUCAUCCUCCUCCAUAGUUAUUAUCCCUGUCAUCCACAGAAACACGAGCUGACCCUCAAACUACCCGCAUAUAGAGCCAUCCAGGAAGAAGGACGAACGCCUGCAUCUAGUGUCUACGUGCCGUGGGGGGGGGGCCCUCUCCCGAGGAAAUAUUAACCCCUUCCUCACACCGGGUGAUAUGAACGGGUACAAUCCCCAUGCAUCCACCAUGCGCACCGUUUCUCCGGUCUCGUAUUCGCUCCUUGUCUACAUCAGCCGGGAGGAGAGAGAAGAAGAACAGUAUCACCACUCGCCCGUGCUGUGGACAAAGAAGCGGCUUAGAGUCAGUCAAAUCCUGGAAAAGGGGAGGGAUAGGGAGACGCAGAGGGAGACCUGAGCAGUAGUCGAUUGGACCUCCCGGAGGCCAUAAGGGAAGGGAAUCCAGGAAGCAGGUGGAGGAGAAGGAGCGGGGAAAGGAGAACUGGUCAGCAUGCCGUGGGGAUGGGACGUGUCCGCCAUCCGUGGAACGAAGAAAGACGGGUCAUGGAUUGGAAUAGGACACGAGCGAGGAGGAGAGAGUAUGCGAGUCACCGAGUGGGAGGACGACGAUUAGAAAGAUUUGGGUGAUCCAAACAGUUGCGAGGUUUUUUUUGCUCGUUUAGACCACCUUUUGUGCACCAAUUGUAUUUUGAUCAUAUUUUGUCAGAUAUAUACAAGUAUUAUGUCUGCUCGUACGAUGUCAUUAGUUUUUGCUUACAAGAAAGUUAAUCGAUUUGGCUGUACAUGUAGAUUUGUGUGUUGCAUGUUCACCAUUGCCAUUGACGCCCAGGUUAUUGAUUCAUCAG